GUUGGUUUUUACGCGUAGAAAUAAUACUGACGUGUCCUCGUACGAGUAUCGGCUACGUACGUCCGUAUAAUUCGUUGGUUCCGAGAUAAUUUCGCCCUGCGCAUAGAAUUAACUGACGGAAUACCGCCAGUCAUCGCGUCGAAAGCGAGCGUCUCCUAGUACGUGUGCUUACGUCGAUCGUCAGAAAGCAGUUAGAACGCAAGUGAGAAGCAGCCGAGCGGCAACGAAAUUAUGGCAGCGGUCUUGAACAGUUUUAUAAAUUCCUUCAGCAACACAUUAAAUGCACCGGUCAGGCAACAUUUGAAGAAUGUCUACGGUUGCUUGUCUCUGUCCACUGUAUCGGCAGCUGCAGGAGCUUAUGUGCAUAUGUACACACAGCUCUUGCAGGCUAAUCUGCUGACAACUCUCGGUACCCUGGGCCUUCUUGUCGCGUUAAUGACAACACCGGACAAUGGCAAGAAUCAAAAAUUGCGCCUUGGUUACCUGUUGGGAUUCGCAUUCUUGUCUGGUCUAGGAUUAGGCCCCUUAUUGGAGUUGGUGGUCAGCAUAGACCCGAGUAUAGUGGUAACAGCAUUAGUUGGUACGACAGUGGUUUUCGUUUCCUUCAGUAUUUCCGCGCUUUUGGCUGAACGCGGACGUUGGCUAUAUCUGGGUGGCACUUUGAUGAGCAUGCUGAACAUCAUGAUCCUCUUCUCCUUCGCCAACUUGUUCUUGCGCUCGACUUUCAUCUACCAAGCGCACUUAUAUUUGGGAUUAUUCGUUAUCUGCGGCUUCGUUAUUUAUGACACGCAAUUGAUCAUUGAGAAACAUCACAUGGGUAGCAGGGACUUUAUCAUGCACUCCUUGGACUUGUUCAUUGAUUUCGUAGGCGUUUUCCGACACCUCCUUGUGAUACUUACGCAAAAGGAAUUGGCCAAGGACUCACGCAAACGUAGAGAUUGAGCGGAAAGAAACAGGUGAUUGUGGCGCAUUCAAGUAAAUCCAUAAACUAGAGGUCUUCAUGUAAUCUAUCCAUACCUAGGUAUCUGUGUACAUAUACAUACCGAAAAAUUAUAUAAAUACCGAUACACACGUCAUACACGUAUAUAUGUGUAACAUCUCUUUAGUAAUCGCGAUAUACAACGCUAUAUAAAUAUAUUUACCAUAUAAAAGGAAAGAAAAAUGUUAAAUAUAAUUUGUUCAAUAUGAAGAGAAAAAAAAAAACAAACGGCUUGUGUCUUACGAGAUGACGGUAUGCCGUAUUUAAUUUGGUUGUGCCUCUGAGUUAUGAUUCUUCAUCAAUUUGUACACACGAUAUAUAUAACAUAAAUUGACUGUAUUAUAUUUUCAACUUUCAAUAAAUAAACUUUCCCAAUA